AUGUCAGAUGUUAUUCCUGUACCAACAAAUCAAAAAGAUCCAAGACAAGUUCGUGUUUAUUCACCUUUUAAUGUAUAUUGUUAUUAUGGUUCAUAUUGUGAACAAAUUUGUUUUCAAAUUGAUUCUAAUAACAAUAUUAUAUCAAUACGGGAUUGUGAUAUUGGAUAUAAAUUAAAUAGUGAUGAACGAACAUGUUCAUGUAAAAGUGAACAAUAUAUUGUUUAUAGUAUACAUUUAUUAUUAAGAGCAUUUGAUUAUAUAUUAAAUGAUUCAGUAAAAGAAGAUGUUAUGCUAUUGAUUAUUGGCAAGAUUUAUUAUAUUCUAACAUUGAUUAAAUGA